AUGGGUGGAGGUUCCCGAACAUUUCACCACAAGUCGAGGAAUGGCUGCAGCCGUUGCAAGAAGCGACGCGUCAGGUGUAAUUUACAAGCGCCAAGCUGUGCCAACUGCACUAGGAGAGGUGAAGUUUGCGACUACCGGUUUCUCGGCAUAGGCCCGCAGGACCAUGUAUUUGCGCCCAAUAGUCAUACUUCAUAUAUGAGGAGGCGCCGACACUCAACUGUCUCCUCAAGGACGCCACCGCCGGCUGGGUCUGUGCUGCCGUCCACAUCUCUAGCUCCAACGACACAGUCAAGCGCGGGUGCUGAGUCUAUAAAACCGGCAUCUCCUUUUGGAGUUCAUAGCCUGGCGUUGAGCUCCAUGCGAGAAGACGAAAAGGACCUUAUUCAGAGUCAGCUCGCUGAUCAAGCAGAUCCCAGCGAGUACGUUGAACAUAAUAUGGCAGCAAUUUCCACACUCCACGACAAAUCCACCGACUUAUUACUUCCCGAUGAUGGUGGUAACAACCUAGACCUCGCUGCGUAUCAGCACCACAGUACAGCAUCCAGCAAAUUUCGACAGUCAGUAGGCGCCAUCAACGAUCGCAACUGGUUCAAGGUCCUCCUCUUCGCCAUCUCCGUCCUCAUCUUCCACUUUGACAUCCACAGAAGAGCAAAGCGUGGACUCUCAGAUGAUGAAUUCAUGGAGCCCAUCUUGGCACUACGAGGAGCUGCACUUCUAGGUAUGGAGCUUGGUCCAUGGCUGAUGAAGAGUAGACUACUCGCUGCUAUUAAACGGCGUGUCGAGGGUGAAAAACCACCUUGGGAUGAUCUCGCAGAACAAGCCAUCUCGAAUCUACAAUUAGCAAACGAGACAUUGUCGCCGCUUCAAACGCGUGCAAUCUACCGAGAUACCCUAAACAAGCUACAGUUUUGGUUGCGACUUUCAUCGUGCAAACCGCGAACUUGGCUGCACUUUGUCUGGUGGCCGGGGGCUGUCGACCAGGAAUAUCUGGACCUUCUGGCGCGGAAAGACCAAAUGGCGAUGGUCAUUCUCGUCCACUGGUGCGCGGUGAUGAAAUCUUCGCCGAAAAAGUGGUUUAUGGAAGGAUGGGCUGAAAAUGUUUCUCGGCCCGUGAUUCCACAGAUUGGACCAGAGUGGGAUGGUGUUAUGGAGUGGCCACUAUCGAGAAUAAGAGCGGCUGCUGGCAAGUGA